GGGAGCAGCGCGGCCGCCGUUCCCGCGCGAGCUGGCUCCGCGCUCGGGUCGCCGGGGAACCAUGGCCUCUGCCCUGGAGCAGUUCGUGAACAGUGUCCGGCAGCUGUCGGCUCAAGGGCAAAUGACUCAGCUUUGUGAACUGAUCAACAAGAGCGGGGAGCUCCUUGCAAAGAACUUAUCCCAUCUGGACACUGUGCUCGGGGCUCUGGAUGUACAGGAGCACUCCUUGGGCGUCCUUGCUGUUUUAUUUGUGAAGUUUUCUAUGCCCAGUGUUCCUGACUUCGAAACAUUAUUCUCACAGGUUCAGCUUUUUAUCAGCACUUGUAACGGGGAGCACAUUCGCUAUGCAACAGACACAUUUGCUGGGCUUUGCCAUCAGCUAACAAAUGCCCUUAUGGAAAGAAAACAGCCCCUGCGAGGAAUUGGCAUCCUUAAGCAAGCCAUAGACAAGAUGCAGAUGAACACAAACCAGCUGACCUCAAUCCACGCUGACCUCUGCCAGCUUUGUUUGCUGGCAAAAUGUUUUAAGCCUGCCCUUCCCUACCUUGAUGUGGACAUGAUGGACAUCUGUAAAGAGAAUGGAGCCUACGACGCAAAGCACUUUUUAUGUUACUAUUACUACGGAGGGAUGAUCUAUACUGGGCUGAAGAACUUCGAAAGAGCACUCUACUUCUAUGAACAGGCCGUCACUACCCCCGCCAUGGCCGUCAGUCACAUCAUGUUGGAAUCGUACAAAAAGUAUAUUCUAGUCUCUUUGAUACUACUUGGAAAAGUACAACAGCUGCCGAAAUACACGUCGCAAAUCGUGGGUAGAUUCAUUAAGCCGCUUAGCAAUGCAUACCAUGAACUAGCACAAGUGUAUUCGACCAAUAACCCCUCCGAACUCCGCAACCUGGUGAACAAGCACAGCGAGACGUUCACUCGCGACAACAACAUGGGGCUGGUGAAGCAGUGCUUGUCCUCGCUGUACAAGAAGAACAUCCAGAGGCUGACCAAGACCUUUCUGACACUGUCAUUACAAGACAUGGCCAGUCGCGUGCAGCUGUCGGGACCUCAGGAAGCAGAGAAGUACGUCCUGCACAUGAUAGAAGAUGGUGAAAUUUUUGCAAGUAUUAAUCAGAAGGACGGUAUGGUCAGUUUCCACGAUAACCCUGAGAAGUACAACAACCCGGCGAUGCUCCACAACAUUGACCAGGAGAUGCUGAAGUGCAUCGAGCUGGAUGAGCGGCUGAAGGCCAUGGACCAGGAGAUCACGGUGAACCCGCAGUUCGUGCAGAAGAGCAUGGGGGCGCAAGAAGAUGAUUCUGGGAGCAAACCGUCCAGCUACUCCUGAAACAAGUGGCCGUCCUGAUCAGACGAGAAACGGUGGCCUGGCCAGUAGCAGUCCAGGAGGGCAGCGGGGAGGACCAGCCUGUUCGCCUGGACGUUAAGGAUUAUACUUGGUUUGCCUUCUGCAGCCUGUGUGCUUUCAGCAACCAUCUCUGCAAGGAGAAAACCAAACUGUAAAGUCUGUGUGGAUUUAUUUAUCCUCAGAUUAAUGUUGUUAUUGCAUUAAAUCUACAUUUUUGUUUUAAA